CGCGUUUCCUCUCUCUUUUCGUGCUUUCCGGUAGCCAAGAUGUCUAAGCGAGGACGUGGUGGGUCUUCAGGAGCAAAGUUCCGGAUUUCCUUGGGUCUCCCAGUGGGAGCAGUCAUCAAUUGUGCUGAUAAUACAGGUGCCAAGAACCUGUACAUCAUCUCUGUGAAGGGGAUUAAAGGAAGAUUAAAUAGGCUGCCUGCAGCUGGUGUGGGUGACAUGGUAAUGGCCACAGUUAAAAAAGGAAAACCAGAGCUCCGCAAGAAGGUUCAUCCAGCAGUGGUGAUACGGCAACGGAAGUCAUAUCGGAGAAAAGAUGGAGUGUUCUUAUAUUUUGAAGACAAUGCAGGGGUCAUAGUAAAUAAUAAAGGUGAAAUGAAAGGUUCUGCCAUCACGGGGCCAGUUGCCAAGGAGUGUGCUGAUUUGUGGCCUAGGAUUGCAUCUAAUGCCGGCAGCAUUGCUUGAUUCUCUCAAAGCCCAUUUGUAAAAACGCCUCAUUAAAGUGUCUGCCUAUCUA